GUAGUUGUUCAAAUCAUGACUGAAAUAUCACUGACAACACAGCAGCUGCUGAAGAUGAGAAUAACAUUGUCACGUGAUCAUCGCGGAAGUGACAGUAGCUGCUAAACUUUUUGUGGAUGCGGAAGAACAACAAACCUUUAAGAUGUUUGCCGAGUGAAAUUGUAAAAUUAAAUAUAGUAAGUUGCAUGUAACAAGGAGAAAAGAGGGGUAGCUGGUUUGUAGACUUUUUUAAAGCGUCAGACUUCAUUUUGAACGAGAUCUCAAGCCCUAAUGGCUGGUGGUAAUUUACAGAAAGCUAUAGAUCUUGCUAGUAAAGCUUCAGAGGCAGACAAGGCCAAGAACUACGAAGAGGCCCUCAGAUGUUAUCAGCAUUCGGUGCAGUACUUCCUUCAUGUUGUCAAAUAUGAGGCCCAGGGUGAUCGAGCCAAACAGAGCAUCAGGGCCAAGUGUGCUGACUAUCUGGACAGAGCUGAGCAGCUGAAAGAAUAUCUGAGUAAGAAGGAGAAGAGUCCUCCGGCCAAACCUGUCAAAGAGUCGCAGUCUGGUGACAAAGGUAGUGAAAGUGAUGAAGGAGAUGACCCAGAAAAAAAGAAAUUCCAAAAUCAGCUCUCAGGUGCCAUUGUCAUGGAAAAGCCAAACAUUAAGUGGGACGAUGUAGCUGGACUUGAAGGAGCCAAAGAAGCCUUAAAAGAAGCCGUAAUCCUGCCCAUCAAAUUCCCUCAUCUGUUCACAGGAAAGCGAACUCCUUGGCGAGGGAUCCUUCUGUUUGGCCCUCCAGGAACAGGAAAGUCCUACCUGGCUAAGGCGGUGGCCACAGAAGCCAACAACUCCACCUUCUUCUCCAUCUCCUCCUCUGAUCUUGUCUCCAAGUGGUUGGGGGAAAGUGAAAAAUUGGUGAAGAACCUGUUUACUUUAGCUCGAGAGCACAAACCCUCCAUCAUUUUCAUAGAUGAGAUUGACUCCCUCUGUGGCUCCAGGAACGAGAACGAAAGUGAAGCAGCACGCAGAAUUAAGACAGAGUUCCUCGUCCAGAUGCAAGGUGUUGGAAAUGACAAUGAGGGAAUCCUGGUCCUCGGAGCAACAAAUAUACCCUGGACUUUGGACUCAGCUAUAAGGAGACGGUUUGAAAAGCGAAUCUACAUUCCUCUGCCAGAGGAACACGCCCGUUCCUCCAUGUUCAAACUGCAUCUGGGCUCAACCCCCAACCACCUGACAGAGGCAGACUUCAUCACUCUGGGCAAAAAAACGGAGGGCUACUCUGGGGCAGACAUCAGUGUUAUCGUCAGGGACGCCCUCAUGCAGCCUGUCAGGAAGGUUCAGUCAGCCACUCACUUCAAAAAGGUUCAAGGGUCAUCGUGGAACAAUCCCAACGUUGUGGUGGAGGACCUGCUGACUCCGUGUUCGCCAGGAGAUCCCAACGCCAUAGAGAUGACAUGGAUGGACGUUCCUGGGGAGAAACUUCUGGAGCCAGUUGUGUCUAUGGCAGACAUGCUGAGGUCACUGACAAACACCAAGCCGACAGUGAACGAGCAGGACCUGGAGAAGCUAAAGAAGUUUACUGAAGAUUUUGGUCAAGAAGGCUGACACUACUCGUGCUCCGCUCAUGAACAGGGCUGCACUAAAAAUUAUUCUCAGUCACUUAUGAUUUUGAUUCAUCUUUUGCUUUUGUUGGUUUUAAAAUAAUGGAAAAUGUCUAUCACAGGUUUGUGAAACCCAUAGUGCUUAGUUUCUUAGUCUGGCAGUAAAAAAAAAUCUAAAAAAGUCUACAUUACAUUAAGAUAUGGGGAAAAUAUACAGAAAACAAGUUAAUAUUGAUGUAUUGUUUGCUGUUAAUGAAAACAAAACCAAUUAGUGAUCAAAGUCCAAAUUGAUUACAUUCUCAACUUUCAAUCAGCCGUUUGUGAUCACUAAUUCAUUACUUCGCAAAGGCUCAUGUUUACAUCUUUAUUGUAUAUUUGCAAGAUUUUAUAUUUCUUUUACUUCGCAUGUCUCAAACCAGAGUGCUAAUGGUCUUUAUUUUUGUAAGACAAAUGUGUCACCAUUACUGUUCUACAAGUAUGUACGGGUAGGCAGCACUCCUGCAGAGGGUCAAUGCAUCUUUCCAGCACUACAUAUCUUACUGUAGUUUAAGGGGGAUUAUAUUGUGCUUAACAGAAUUAGUUGCAUGGUUGUCUUUUAUAAAUGGGAGGUUAUACUAUAACACUGAAAAAUCACUCUCCUUUAAAACACAAAAUACUUUUUAGGGCUGUAAUUACUGCACACCUCAUACAUAUUUGCAAGUCCUUCUAAAAACUGCAAUGAGAUGAGGGUAUUCUGGGUUUCUGUAAUGCUGAAUUUUACAGCACAGUUUUGAUCUACAUAUUUUCUACUUUCAAGUUUCAGACUGAUAAAGCCUGCCAGGAUGGUCAAACUGUGUUGUGUAUGGGGCUGGGAUCUGCCCGUUUUUUCCAGGGGGUUACAGAAAUAAAACUUACUGUGGUCAUUUGCACUUUUGUUGUUUGCUAAAAACAUGUUCUGUGAACAAAAGUAUCAGGGUUAAAUAAAACAAAACAAAAAAACAGCUUUGUGAAUAUAUUUAAUUGUUAAAAUACAACUCUUAAUUAACUGUCAUUUUUCUGUUAAAUGCAGGGUACCUCAUAAUUAAAUAAGUGCAUUUGAAAAGAGAGAUACAGCUAACAACAUCUGCAAACUAUAACACCUUCAGUAAAAGGACAUCAAUGUUACACUGUUGCACAAGCUGAUAAUUUGCAAAAGUGAAAUUACUUUGAAACAAAUCUUACACAUCUUAAUAAGUUACUGUCAUUAAUAAAGAUGAGCAGUGUGUCUGUCUGAAAAGCAGACCAAAUGUUUUCAAGUUAGCAUAAGUGAAUAAAAUAGUCAAACUUAGCAUGUAUGGAAAAAUCUGACAAUAUUCAAGUUGUCUGGAGUGGAAAGUAAAAGUCAAAUCCAAUUGAAAUCUAACAAUCUCAAGAGAGUGAUCAGUGUUUGUGCACCUGAAAACCAAAGUACCAAUUGAAACACUUAAAAUGAAAAGUAUGAUUCAACAGCUUCCAAUGAAAAUCAAGAGAUCAUAAAUAAUGCCUGCAAAUACACGCAAGUGAUGGGGAAUAACAGCCCUUGUCACGUCAGUGCACACUGUGUACAUGCCAGGGUUUCCUUGUACAUACUUACUUAUGGUGACGACAGCAUCGUACAUCCCAUCACAACCAGAAUUCACCAAAUGGAUACUUAAAACUGCUACAGUGAAAGUGAUUAUUGCAUUGUGUGCACACAACUCCUGUCUGAACCUGCACCACCACAAAUAACCUGAGGACAUGCUGCAUAUCCACAAGCAAAACAGACAAUACAUGUCAAAUUAAGUGAAAUAAACACAACAAUUGUAAAAAACAAAAAAGUAUUCUUGAUUUUUAAGAUAAUUCUGUAAAUAUCAAGGACAACUGUGCUCCAUAAAACAGAAGCAAACCUAACAGAUGUUAACUGGGAGAACCUGAAAUUUUCAUACCACGAGUAUCAUUUUUUUUCCUGUCAGUUGUAAGAGUGAGUAAUAGUUGUAUUUUUGGGAUAAGAGCAUUCAUAUUCAGACAACACAAAGGAGAUGGAAAACAGCCACUCAGGCCAUUUGAGAAAGUGCUAACAGUAUUUACUGCAUAAAUAGGACACAUACAUAGAGAGCAGCUGCCAGCCCUCAGAAUCAUUCUCCAUAGAUGAAGCAGCUCAACAGACACACGUCACUCCAGCUCAUGUGAUGACAGAAGAAGCCGAAUGCUGUGAGCACAGGGGAAAGGCAAGCUACUACAGUCAAAA